AUGGAGGUGGUGGAAGUGGUGGAGGUGGAGGUGAUGGAUAUGCUUGAUGGAAACGGACUCGUCACUUUUGACUCCCCGAAUCGAAAUCUUUCCCCACACACCUGCCCACACGUCCCCAUCCCCAGGUGUACCUCUGAAGGGCCUCACCUGUGCCUACCUGUGAAUCGUUGUGUCGUGGCGUCACGGUCCGGGUCUUCGGCGAGGCUGUUUGUUCUCUUCGGGUUCACGCUGGGCGGGUUUGCGAGGCGCUGGGCUGUGGACGCCCGGACAGGGAGUGACGGCCCAAGACGUGCUCGGAGCCUCCUGCAGACCCCCACCGAUCCCGCCCCCGCCCCGCCAGCUGCACGGAACGCAAGGUACUCGGCGGCACAGACGACGCAGAGGCUGUGUCGUCUGCACCGUCGAGAACCUCCACGCCUCGCGCAGAAGACGGCACAGAGACGGUGUUUGGGGGUCUUCCAGGAGGUUCUGCCCCGUAGUUGGGCGAUCACGUGUCGCGGGCGUCGACAGCCUCCGCCGCCGUCUCUACCCGACACAAGGGGAACAGCGCCGAGAGGUGGUCCCCGCAACCCCCGCCGAGUCCGAGCCCGAGGAGACAGCACUGACGAGGAGGCGGAUCACGAAACUUACGGCACAAAGAUUUAUGAAUUUAUGACCAACACACGGAGGCGGCGCGGCACCGAGUUGUGGAGAAAGGGGAUGGCAAGAUUACUAUGCGGCCAUGGCCUGCUCUCAACCCUCAACCCAACAAACUGUGAUGUCCCCAAACUGUGAUGUCCCCAAACUGUGAUGUCCCCAAACUGUGAUGUCCCCAAACUGUGAUGUCCCCAAACUGUGAUGCCCCCAAACUGUGAUGUCCCCAAACUGUGAUGUCCCCAAACUGUGAUGUCCCCAAACUGUGAUGUCCGAAAC